AUGGCUUCUUAUAAUCCAUUCGCCCGGCAAGAGUCGCACGGAUCCUAUUCCCUGGGGUCCUACCGUCUGCUGGUGCCUUUGUCGUGGUUGCUGGUGGUGGUGGUCGGGAUCUACUAUACCGUCCAUGCCCCCGAUGUCAAACACGGUCAUGCCAUCUUCAACCAGGCCAACCACCAUAUCACGCCUUUCAGUCAGAGCACAACGGUCACUGGCAUUUACUGGAUCCUUCUCCUAAUCUUCCAACUCAGCUAUGUCUACCAUCUUUUCCAUAAAGAUGCCUCGAUUGUGACGGCAACCGCCAACGUGGGUGCGCAUUUUAUUCUGAAUAACCUGUUCAUCUUCGCCUGGAUCCUCCUCUGGACUCGGGGCCACUUCUGGGGUUCCGAGGUUAUCUUGAUGGCCCACUUGGUCAAUCAGCAUACGGCGUACUGGCGACAUCGCGCGUUGCCCCCACUGGUACAUUUGUCCGCCAUCGCAGGGCCCUUUGCCUGGACGCUGAUGGCGCUGUUCUGGAACGGUGCCGUCGCCGUGCAUAGCAACUCACUGCCGGCGAGGAUCGUCGCGAAUGUCUUCAUCUGGGUGAUCUUCGUCAUCGGGACAACCCAUAUUACAGUGGGGCAGGACGAUCUCCUCGGCUACUGCUUGAGUUUCUUGUUUCUCGGAUUGGCACUGAAGCAAAUUGCCGUCAAAACCAUUGCCCUGCAGUGGAUUUUUGCCUUUGUGAUCUUCGCGAUCUUCCUGGCGGAGUCGUUCUAUAUCACUGGCACGAAAUAUACCGGGCGCGACGUUUUGUUCCGCAAACUCACCCACCCCGAAACGGCGGAUCGCGAGCGAGAACCGCUGCUCAAUGAGCAGUCAGAAGCGGCGGCCUGA